GAGGCGGUCGGUAGAAUACGCUGGGAGGAGGAGCGCUUCCUGUUUGUCUCUGUCCAGGGGCAGGAGGCAGCUAUGGCGGCAGCGAUAGGAGGAGCCGGAGCAGCAGCACCGCCGGUGCCAGCAGCGGCGCCGGGCCUCGUGUUCGGCGGGCCCGGCUGGCGUGGAGACCGCAGGGGGACGGUCAACAUCUUGGCCCAGCUCCGGCAUGCACAGCUCAGUGGCCGGGGCCUGACGCGGGGGGCGCAGAUCGCAGAAGCUUUGUUAAAGGAAAGGGAUAGACAAGCAAAGUGGAAUGGGAUUCCUUUACUCUUAAAGAAGCUGUAUGAGAAUAGCCAUCCCAAUAGUGACUUUUCCCAGUGCCAAAGCAUCUUGAAGGAAAUUUCUCCCCUCCUUUCAAUGGAAGCCAUGGCAUUUGUCACAGAAGAGAGAAAAAUUACUCAAGAAUCUACUUUUCCAAAUACAUACACAUUUGACUUGUUUGGUGGAGUUGAUCUUCUAGUAGAAAUACUCAUGAGGCCAACACUUAUUACACAGAAGAAGAAACAGAAAAUAAGUGAUGAUCUUAUCAAGGAUUGUUUAAGCAUAUUGUACAACACUUGUAUAUGUACUGAAGGCGUCACUAAGCGAUUGGCAGAAAGAAAUGAUUUUGUGCUGUUCUUGUUUACAUUGAUGACAAACAAAAAGACAUUCCUGCAAACAGCCACCCUUAUUGAAGAUAUCCUGGGUGUGAAAAAGGAAAUGAUUCAGUUAGAGGAUAUUCCAAAUCUCUCCAGCCUAGUCUCUAGUUUUGAUCAACAGCAACUUGCCAAUUUCUGCAGGAUCCUUGCAGUUACAAUUUCAGAGCUUGACACAGGCAGUGAUGACAAACAUACACUAUUGGCAAAAAAUGCUCAGCAGAAAAAGAACUUGGGACCUUCUCGAGCAGAAAUGAAUCAAGCUACACUUCUUGAUAUACCAGGCUUCAUUGAGCGAUUAUGUAAACUAGCAACAAGAAAAGUAUCAGAAACAACAGGGAAUUCUAGCUUUCUUCAGGAGCUGGAGGAGUGGUACACUUGGCUAGACAAUGCACUUGUGCUUGAUGCGCUAAUGCGUGUGGCGGAUGAGGAGACGGAGCAAAGCAGCACAGAAUCUUCAGAUGAGAGUGGAUUUGCAAACACCUCAACAAGGAAUCAGCUUCCCCAAUCCAUGAAGAUUAUGCAUGAGAUCAUGUACAAGCUGGAAGUGUUGUAUGUUCUCUGUGUGCUUUUAAUGGGCAGGCAAAGGAAUCAGGUUCACAAAAUGAUUGCAGAAUAUAAAUUGAUCCCUGGCCUUAAUAAUUUGUUUGACAAAUUGAUCUGGCGGAAACAUUCAGCAUCAGCCCUUGUUCUACAUGGACAUAGUCAAAACUGCGACUGUAGCCCGGAUAUUACCUUGAAAAUUCAGUUUCUGCGGCUACUUCAAAGUUUUAGUGAUCAUCAUGAGAACAAGUAUCUGCUUUUAAACAGCCAGGAGCUUAAUGAACUGAGUGCAAUCUCCCUCAAAGCUAAUAUCCCUGAAGUAGAUGCAGUUGUCAACACAGACCGAAGUUUAGUCUGUGAUGGAAAAAGAGGGUUGCUCACCAGACUGCUGCAGGUAAUGAAGAAGGAACCAGCAGAAUCCUCAUUCAGGUUUUGGCAAGCAAGGGCAGUUGAGAGUUUCUUGCGAGGUGCUACUUCCUAUGCAGAUCAGAUGUUCCUGUUAAAAAGAGGGCUCCUAGAGCAUAUUCUGUAUUGCAUAGUUGACAGUGAGUGCAAAUCACGAGAUGUCCUUCAGAGUUACUUUGACCUUUUGGGAGAACUAAUGAAAUUCAACAUAGAUGCUUUCAAGAGAUUCAACAAGUACAUCAAUACAGAGGAAAAGUUUCAGAUAUUUUUGCACCAGAUCAACAGUUCACUAGUUGAUUCCAACAUGCUGGUCCGUUGUAUUACUUUGUCUCUGGACCGGUUUGAGAGCCAGUCAGACAUUAAAGUUGCAGAAGUCUUGUCUGAGUGCCGCCUACUCUCAUACAUGUCACAGAUAAACAUGAGAAUGUCCUUCCUUUUUCGGCUCAUUAAUAUCAUUCACGUACAGACACUCACACAGGAAAAUGUUAGCUGUUUGAACACAAGUUUAGUUAUUUUAAUGCUGGCCCGAAGGAAAGACAAGCUCCCCUUCUAUCUGCGUAAGCUGCAAGAGAUGGAGUACUUGGAGAAAUACCCCGGCUUCAUCCUGAACAACUUCCACAGUCUUCUGCGUUUCUGGCAACAGCAUUACCUCAACAAGGACAAAGACAGCACCUGCUUAGAAAAUAGUUCGUGUAUUAGUUUUUCGUACUGGAAAGAGACUGUUUCUAUACUGCUGAGUCCAGAUCAAACAUCACCUUGUGCCAUAGUUAGCUACAUUGACAAGGCAUACAUGGACAUCGACAGAGAUUUCACCGAGGAGUGAGACUUUGGCUUCCAAGGAACUGUUCUUCAGAGGGAACCUUGCAGGCAAUGGAUUUUCAGGGAUACACUGUGUGCUGUGUGCGACAGCUUGGAACUAUGGAAUGUUACCACGUUUUUUUCCCCUCCCCACCCCCUCCCAGCUCUCUUCAAAGAACAAGACUCUGCAAACUUCCUGGGCAACAUAUUCAGGGAUGUUCGUGUUCUGUAAAGAAGUGUUUGCAAAAAGCUCAGCCUUUCCUGCUCGGUAUGGCUAGAAUCCAUUGAGUUUGAUAGAUGGGAUUCUUGAGACAUGCAGUUAUUAGCUGUGGCACUUCUUCCAAGUUUAUCAGAAUUAGCUUUUAAAGCACAGACAACUCCCUGGGCCAUCUGUAUUCAAACAGGCCGGUUUUAUGGGCACAAUGAAUGCACACCAGCCACGCUCAAGCCACCAUUGAAGGGUAUUGUAUGCUUUCCUUUGUAUUAAGAUUUAGACCUAAUUGUUUGGGAGCUUUAUUAUUAUUUUUAAUUUUGGGAGGUAGUAGCUCUUUGCCUCUUUGCAAAACUAUUUUGGAAUUGUUCCCUCCUGAUCUGUGUCCAGACCUCCUAUUUUGUUUUGUUGUGGUAUUGCAUUCAGAAGUAUCUCUGUUCCUGCUCUCCGUUCUGUGGAAAUCUCUCGUCUCCAGCUGAUUUUUACAGUGUUGUGUAGAACAGACAUACAGUGUGCUGAUGGAAUUAGUCUGAGACCUAGCCUUGUCUAGGUGCUAAUAAAUUUUAAAAUUACUGAUCUCCCCACCCCCACCCCCAUUAAUCAUUGCAGCCUGACCAUUUGUCAGUAACCAGUGUGAGCUGAAAGUUGCCUUCCACAGUCUUGCUUUGGCUUAAUAUGCAAUCCAUCUUGAACAGGAGUCAUGCUGACCUGCCAUCCUGGGAAUUCAGGCUUAGGCUACAAUUGCAAAUUAACACAUUUAAUUAUAAUAGGUAACAGGAGGUAUCCACUCUUCAUCUUUUGGUAUUGGUACUAGAUGCUGCCAGGGAUAUUGGGAUAACUUUGAGCUUCGGAUGCAUUGUUCGUCAAAUCCUGAGCUUGCUGCUGUAACUGCCAGUAUUAAAGCAGGCUACCUGGAACAUGAAUAAUGUUUGGAGUUUUAAAAAACCCUCUCUAGAGUGAAUGUUUUGUUGCAAUACUGCGCUAAAACACUUUAAAGGGCUUUAGAAAGCAUGAAGAACUCUUUUCCUCGGUUUUAAUUAUUCCAGUUUUCCCUUAAUAUAUAAAUUAACAUUUCUGAAAUAUUUUUCCUGAACGGAGGAAAGCCUUCAUGUAUCGGGCAUUGUGACACACUGAUUUCCUCUGUGAAGGAAAAAUAAAUGCGAGGAAAUUGGCCCUCAGCUAUGCAAAUGGUUUUUGUGGUGUCUUCAUGAAAUGCAAUCAUUUUGGGGAAUUAGGAGAACUUGUCCUAUUUAUUCCCUGUCCCAUCAUCUUUUCCUGCACUGUUUGCUGCACCUUAUUUCCAGGUCAAGGUAAUGGAAAGAGCAUCUGUUUGUAGUUGGGUUUGACACCAAUACUAUCUUAAUUAUUGAAAUGUUUUCUGGGAGAAACAAAACUUGAAGCCUCCCACUUCUCAAAUAAAAAGGAUAGUGUAAUUUUCACACAAAGUCUAAUUUCCUUGAUUUGGAGAGUCCAAAUUGGUUAUGUAUCUGUUAGCGGAACAAAGCAACACUUGCAGUGAUUUAUGUUUAUCAUUCUUUACAGUUCGUCUUCAAAUGCAGCAUAAAAUGGAAACCUAGGUGCAAAUAGUGUACCUGCUAUACUGCAGCAACCACCUGUAGUCUUCAAAGGGAGAAAUAUACCAAGUAUAUGUUUAAAUAUCUCUUUGAGGAACUUUGUGCACCUAUCCUGUAACACAUGCCACUCCCAAAUUAAUCUUUAAAUUGGGAGAGGCUUUGAUACAAAUUAGCUUUCUCUAGAUUUUACAUCUUUCUUUACUGGGUUGAUCCCUUUUUCAUAGUUCCAGGUUUCCUUUUUGUGAUAUUCUUUAACUGUUCAAUAUCCAUAUAUUUCAAAACAAACUCUCAAAUAAGUCUGGAUACCUUUUUCAGCAAUUUUCAUGAUCACAUCCAUAUUGCACUGCCAUAAAUCUGCAAAGAAAACACUAAAACCUAAUAUUUAUAACUUUUCCCCCUUAAUGACCAGGCUGCUUUUUUGCCUUUACAAGUUGGCUUGAGUGAGACUGAUCUCUUUAGCAAAAAUUUAUUAGCUACUUCUGGGGGCAGCUCAGUGGUUUCAGCCAUCAUGCUCUGUACAAGUUUGGGGUUUAUUGGUAUCAGCUAUUUCAAGGACAUGGGUUGGGAAUAUUUGACUCAGGCCACACCAUUUGCCUUCUAGUUCUCACAAGGAGCUUCUGGGUCUGAAAAUACUUCUGCCACAGCUACUCCUGUGGAACCUUCUCUGCAAAUGUUCAGAGACUGCAAUGAAAAGUCGGAUUAGAUACAAAUGCCUGUCAUGAAGAGUGAUACCCGUGAACAAAAUGUGGCUGGAAGACUGAAGAGGCCCCUGAUGACUAAGCUGACUUGUUCGGUUUGGUUAUCACUAAAGGAAUGGCAGAAGUGGCCGACAAAUGUUCCUGUAAAUUUUAACAAUGUCAAAUGGGCUGAUGUUCAUGCUGCUCAGAUUAAUGCUGAUUUACUAACAGCACAUAAACAUGUUAAAUGGUAACUAUUAAAGAAUUUUAUUUUAAAAAA